AUGAAGCAAAGGAAUCUAACCGCCCAAGAACUCGAGUUCAAAGACCGUGAACGUGAGGUUCGAAGGCUUGAAUUGGAUCUUGACUUCAAAAAGCAUGAGCUUGAAGUUAAACGCGGCAAAGCCGAGCUUGAAAGGCAGAGGCUUAGGAUUGAUCAAGAGAAAGCUAAGCUCCAAGAGGAUGAGUCGAAACUCAAGGACCAGCUAAAAAGACUGGAAGCGUGUGAAGCAGACUUCCAUGACAAUGGAUCCGAUAUAAUCAGGCUGGCAAUAUCCAAGAAUUUCAGGCGUGGUAUGAUAUGCACGAAAGAAAGUGAACUCUCUGGGGACGCAAAUGCCCUUCAAAGGUAUCGAUAUGAACAGUACGUCUAUGAACAAGACCUCGAUGAAAAGGAUGAUGAUCGCUUAGCGGAGUUUCUCGACACGGAGACCCGACUCCGAGAGAUUGCUCAACAAGUAAUACGCCUGAAAGAUCAAUUUGAGAAAGAUCCAAUAAGAAUCGCAGAAGAGCUCAUUGAGGCGCAAAAGGAAUAUACCCGAACUGAGUUCAAGUGGUCGAUGAUCCGGAGUUGCUUCUCCGGAUAUUUGGAGCGAGCCUUUGAGUACUGGCGGGGUGACCCUAGGUGGUAUAUGCAUCGUGUUCUUCGGGAAGACUGUGCCCGGAGAGGAGGGUGCUGCGGCCGUGGGUGUGGAUGUUGCCUUGAUCGCAAACUUGAGUUGACUCACGAACGUGGAGCUGGGCACUGCACUGUCGAAUGUGGUUGUUGUCAAGAGGCUCGGGGAUAUGAGCUUUCCAAUGAAGAAAAGAAGGCCUUCUCGAUACGAUACGCGGUCUCUGAAGACGGCAAGAAGGACGUUGAACUAAAGGAUGCCCCCCCUAAGAUCGUCAACGAUGGAAACCAACACGAGGAAUCAAUGGAGGACAACGUAAUGCGAUAUGAGUUCUCCGAAGGUGGAGUUGCCCAGUAUAAACUCUACCGAGAUUUACCUGAUGUCACCGACGACGAAGCUGAAUUUACCGACGAUGAGUAUGCUGAAGAGGAUGAAGAGGAUCCUUACUAUCGUCGUAUCUCUCUUGCUUCGAUCUGGGGAUUGGUGGAUGGGAACUUCGAGGACCCAUUUGACUUGAUUGACCAAGAACCCUUUGUAGGUGAAACCGAUUCGACGAUGACGGAAAGAGAUUGA